GAUUCGAGUGUAUAACUAUAAUAAAGGAAAUGCUCUAGCGAUUCUAAAGUAUCACAGCGCUACGUGUGCUGCGGUGGCUUUCUCACAUGACUGCAAAUUGCUGGCCUCAUGCUCGGCGGACACCACGGUUGCGUUAUGGGAGCUGUAUCCCCCCCCAAAACGCCCAGCAAAGUUGACAUAGCAAUAGAGGAGGUUGAGAAAUAGAAUCUGAUCAUGGUGUCAUAUGAUCAUGAUGUUUGUAACUUGGUGAAACAUCAUAUCUGUUGGCUUCAGUAGAUUGAUAUAGAUAUUGUCAUACAUGGAUGUGGAGGACAGUAAACAAGUGCAUGUGAAAUUUUUGUGGGGGGAAAAAAGGAACGUUCAUCUGUCGUCUGUAACUUAGUGUAACCUAGUUAUUGUAACUUAGUGUGCUUGCUGACAAUAACUUAUAUCCCAGUCUCGGAAUAGCUCAUAUUUUUUGUACGAAAUCCAAGUUUGUAGAACUAAACUGUUAUACGAGGCAAGAUAGUUUCCGGUUUGAAUGA